CUUUACUGCCAUUGUAGACGACGCUUGACUGAUGCACUUGCUCGAUCUUAUAACAUGUAGGACUUCAUGUAGGACUUUGAACUUACUGUCUUAAAUCGCCACAUUGAUGUGACUGCUUCUUAUAGUUUAAUAUUACGUGCAUUCAAGGACUAAAAGAGAGACACUUAAAUUUUUGUAACAAUGUUUUCCACUUACCUUAGAGCAUUGCGGGCUACUAGCAAGUUUGUCCCAGUAGCACGUUAUGAGUCCACUUUGGUUAUUGCAGAACACAAUAAUGAGAAUCUAUUACCUAUCACUAGUAAUGCACUGACAGCUGCUAAAAAAGUUGGCGGUGAUAUAACUUUAUUAAUUGCUGGCUCUAAAUGUCAAGCAGUGGCACAAAGUGCAUGUAAGGCCCAAGGUGUAUCUAAAGUCCUCCUUGCAGAUAGUGAUGCAUUUAAGGGAUUCACUCCAGAAUCAUUGACACCACUUAUAAUUACAUUAUGUAACGAACAUAAGUUCACACAUGUAUUAGCAGGUGCAAGUGCAUUUGGUAAAGCUUUGCUCCCUAGAAUUGCAGCUAAAUUAGAUGUAUCUCCAGUAAGUGAUAUAAUUGACAUAAAAACAUCCGAUACAUUUAUACGUACCGUAUAUGCUGGCAAUGCUAUUCAGACCAUUAAAUCCAAAGACAGUGUGAAAGUAGCAACUGUAAGAGGUACUUCUUUUACAUCAGCACCUUUAGAAGGAGGUGAUGCUAAGUGUGAAAAUGUAGCUACUGAUGGUUAUACCGCAAAUCAAGUACAGUAUAUUAAACAAGAGCUUAGUAAGUCUGAUAGGCCAGAAUUGACAUCUGCAAAAGUUGUAAUUUCUGGUGGACGUGGAAUGAAGUCUGGAGAAAACUUUCAGUUGUUGUAUACACUAGCAGAUAAGCUUAAUGCAGCAGUAGGAGCAUCUCGUGCUGCUGUGGAUGCUGGAUAUGUGCCAAACGAUCUUCAAGUAGGACAGACUGGCAAAAUUGUUGCUCCUGAUUUAUAUAUAGCUGUUGGAAUUUCUGGAGCAAUUCAACAUCUUGCUGGUAUGAAAGAUUCCAAGACAAUUGUGGCUAUUAAUAAGGAUCCAGAGGCCCCGAUUUUCCACGUAGCAGAUUACGGACUGGUCGCAGAUUUAUUUAAAGCUGUACCUGAGCUAACAGAAAAACUGUAGAUUAUAUAUUACCCAGAUAAACAGAUGUAUAUUCUUAUAUGAUUGAUUUUGUUAUACUAUAUUUUAUUAGGAUACAAUAAGGAUAUGUGUAAUUAAAAAUU